AUGGGUAGAGGGAGACCGCCGAAACCAGGAACAGGCGAGGAAAGGGCCGCUGCGCGUAGGGAGCGCGUCCGAAAUAAUGUGAGAGCAUUACGAGAACGUCGCAGGAAGGAGACAGCAACGCUCAAAGCUGUCAGCGCUGACCAUUCUAGAGUUCGAUGGCUUAGUGAUUCUACCUUGCUGCAGAGCUCACCGAACAACAUAGAUGCCUCUAUUACAGAUGUUGAUGCAGUCGAGAGCUCGGAGGUAUCAUCUGCGCAAGAACUCGAUGCAGCAGCAGGGUCACUACCUUUGGCGAAUCGGUUCGCCUACCCAAAGAUCCUGCUCCCCUUCAGUAUAGACACGAAAGCCUCGUACGCUUUUGCUCUGCUUGCAACCAUGCGCCAAAGUUUUCUACCAGAUUCGAUUCACCUUCCGCCAGCCAUUGGUAACGCGAAUGUGAGGCCUUGGGAGAGCAAACAAUAUCUUUGGACACCAUGCGCUUACUGGGUGAGAAGCGCGUUCAAGAGGGCGUCGGUACAAGAAGUCAGCGUCCUCAAGACAUGCUUGCUAGCUAUAGGCGUUCUCCUGAAGAGUUUGGAAUUUCAGGACACAUCCUUGAAGGUUUUGGCAUUGGAAAUGUACCGACGUGCUUUGCAGGGCAUUCGAAAGUCGCUCGAACCCCUGCUCAAAAACAAUCUGCAAAGACCCAAAGACGCUGUAUCCCUCUACUUAUCGUGUCAUGCUGCGGCCAUGUUCGAGCUGAUGCUUAGUUCAGAUUUUAGUGCCACCAUGCGCCAUUUACGAGGUGUAAGCCAACUGGUCUGCCAUCUUGGUGAUGGAAGUGACCAAGAAGGACAAUCGAUCGCGUGGUUGCUCCUUCAAGAUUACCGUUUCGCGGAGAUGGGUCUAUGUAUGAAAUAUAGAUAUACCUCUUUCUCAAGCCUGAAACGACAACAAUUCGAGAGCAACAACCUCGGACAGGCCCGUUGCCUAAACCGACCCACUACUGAACAUGGACACGGUUCACAAAAUCUCCUUGUGAAGAUAAGUGAUUUGGCCGAUGAUAUCAGUGCCAUCAUGGUUCAGCUUGACAGCAUCAGACCUCUCAUGCAUAAACCCAACAUUCCAGACAAGAUUCAGCGACUGCUGAGAGACCUUAACCUUAUAUGGGAUAGAUUUGAGGGACUGCACGACUGUUUAAUCACUGUAUACGGAACCUUUCUCUUUAGGGAUAUAAGUGCUGAGGGGCCCGAGUCGGGCUCUAUGAGGUUCAAGACCUUCGAUAUAGGUGCUGCUUGGUGCUACAACCUGAUGACGCAGCUUCAUUGUCUCGAAACUAGCAUCGACGCUAUGCAACUCUUUCUGCAACUCGGAAAACGGUCCGACUCAGCGACAUUGUCACCCGAGAGACUAGGGACUGAGGAAGCAGACGAAGUGAACUUAGGUUUUGCUGACGGCCCUAUCACAUUGGAAAAGCUCCACGACCUGAGAAGGAUUCAGAGGGCAGUGUGCACACAAUUGACCCAAUGCUUACACUAUUUCCUACAGACUGACAAAGGCAUCAUAGGUCAAGCCUUGGCAAUAUUUCCACUGGAUGCGGUUGUGAUCAUGCUCGCAGCUGAACGCUCUAGGCUCUUCUCAGACCUCAGCGAGGCCGAAAGUGCUGGUCAGAGCAAUGAAAUGGUUUACGGGAUCAGGCAGGACAUGGCCAAAAUUGUGGACGCUGAAAGCUUUUGCCGCAAAAUGCAAGAUAGAGCAAGAGCUUUUGGCCUGCCGUCGUUUGCAGAAAUUGGCGGAAAUUUUGUGGAGAGUCUGCAUAACGACCCGAUUCUAGUAGGCUCAGUAAUCUAG